CUCAGUUAAACGUUACGUGUUAGCGUUUCGAGUGUUUUAUUAUUUGUGAAUUAUUUGUGUUGAAAUAACGGAAUUAUUGCUAUUAUACAUGAAUACCGCAAGAUUGUCUGGACGCGGUAAAUGUGGUAUAGGUUGAAUAUACACGAAACAAUCAAUUAUAUCGUCGAGGUUCAGGAGUUGGCUCUAUUUAUUCUCCAAUGAUCAAGAAUGUUGCAUCCAGCUAUACAAAGUAUAAUCGUGAUGCACAUCGUCGGCUUGCAGCAUUUCAUAGCGGAGGAAUUUCGCGAUUUACCAGCCAGUUUUGGUCCAGACCUGCCUCCGGAUGGACUUCGUGGGUUCCUGGUGGCCGGCGAGCCGGAAGAUGGCUGCAGUCCAUUGAAGAAACCGCCGAUAGACACCGAGAACUUCACAGGGAAAUGGAUCGUAUUAAUCGCUAGAUAUAACUGCAGCUUCGAGUUGAAAAUACGCAACGCGCAAGCUGCCGGCUUCGACUGCGCGAUCGUACAUAAUGUCAACUCUAGCGAUCUUGAGUCAAUGUCGGCGAAGAACCCUGAGGGUAUAGAAAUUCCUUCCGUGUUUGUGAGCGACCUCGCUGGGAUAAUACUCUCGGAGGAAUACGUCUACACUAAUCGUUACUAUAUAAUGGUGAACGGAGAUCUACCCUUCAACAUCAACACGCACCUGCUGUUGCCGUUCGCCAUCGUCGUGGUGCUCUGUCUCAUCGUUAUACUCAUAUUUAUGAUAGUGAAGUGCAUAAAGGACCGGCGGCGCGCGCGCCGGCACCGCCUGCCCAACCGCGCGCUGAAGAAGAUCCCCACGUGCAAGUUCAGCAAGGGCGACCCGUACGACACGUGCGCCAUCUGCCUCGACGACUACCAGGACGGCGAGCGCCUGCGCGUGCUGCCCUGCGCGCACGCGUACCACGCGAAGUGCAUCGACCCGUGGCUGACGCAGAACCGGCGCGUGUGCCCCGUGUGCAAGCGGCGCGUGCUGGCGGCGGGCGAGCGCGCGCGACACGACUCCGACUCCGAGAGCGAGCCGCUCGUCGCCGACACUCGCGCGCCGCGCACGCAGGGUGGAACUUUCGACGAGCAGCGAGAGAACCCUUUCGUGAGGGCGGCGCGGUACAUCUCCAGGCUGCGGAGUCGUAACGAGCGAGGGGAGGCCGACGCAGAGGUCGCACAGCCCUCGGAAGAUAACGACCAAAUCGUUAAUGAAGAAUCCGUCGAGACCCGCGACACGCAGCCGCUGAUCCGCUCCGAGCCCGAGCGACGCCGCCGCGCGCCGCGCUCGCGACGGGCGCGCUCGGCGCCGCGCGCGCCCCCCGCGCCGCCCGCGCCCCCCGCGCCGCCCGCGCCGCCCGCGCCGCAAGGGGACAUCGGUGUCGCUGCGCUGCCGGCCCCUUCGACGACCAGCGAGCCCCAACAUAUCGAUUUAUGAACACAUGUAUUAUAAAUUAUUGUAAAUUGACUCUUAAGAAAAAUUGCGGACUUACUGAAUAUAAUAUCGCGAAUGUAUAAUAUUACUAACAGACACGAAUAUAUAUUAAUUAAAUCGACUUCGUGAUAUCAUCGCCUUAAACCAUUGUUUAAUGACACCGAUAAUAAUUAAUUAUGAGAGAUCAGAACGGAGGAAUUUCAAGUCACGGCCAAUAUUCUAUGGUUCGAAAUUCGAACUCGACAACCACAGACAAAGAAUGCGUUCGGCGAAAAUCUUCCAAAAACAAAAUAAGAUUACAUUAUUUAUAUUUAUCAUUUGCCUAUGUAUGUAAUUCUUAAAUCUAUUCUAACUUGAAAGAACAAUAACUUUUCUUACUAAAAUAUAAUAUAUAGUUGGAAUAAACUUUAGUGGGAAUUUUUCAAAGUAAGAUAUUUAAGUAUCGAACAUUAUUUUGUCAUUCAUACAAAUUAUUAGAUUUAUUUAUGUCAAGUAAAAACAUAUAUUUUUUGACGUUUAAAUUAUUUUCAUAUCAUUGUAUUUAAGUCAUGCGUCAGACCAGUGAUAGCUAUAGAGGCGGGCACCGCGUCCUGAGGACAGUGAGGGGGUGCUUCACCUACGAAUGUAUCGGAAACUUUUCUAGGUACUAGAAGAUGCGAGCAAUUGUAGAAAUUACAUAAUCACUGAUUCAUUGUGUGUAGAUUUGAUUACAAAUACGCCUGUAUAGCUGUAGCCGGCGCUACGUGAGACCAUGCAAAAUAACUUCUAUUGCCAUAUGUUAAGCUUCAAAAUCUAAUAAAGUACCUGAAAAUAGUAAACAGAGUAUAUAUAAAAACUUUACUACAAGUUUCAAUUUAAAACAUAAUAUCUCUAGACAUAUUUUUAUUAAACAACUUUUUUUAUUAUUAAUAGUGCUGGUUCACCUUUCUAAGCUUUUAUUAAAAUUCACCUGUUAGUAAGUAAGUAUGUGUGGUUCAAAUCUUGCAAAUGAAUUUUAAAUAAUCUUCACACGACCUAUUACGCUUAAAUUUUAUACACUUCUUGCUGUACAAUACAUUGUAUUUUAAUAUCUUAAUGUUCUAAUUUCCUUAGAGAUUUCCUUCCGAGUAUUAUUAAUGAUUUCAAUCUCUGCACACAUCUAUCUUCAUACAACUAAAAGUAAUUAACUGGCGAAAAAAUGAAUUUAUGAUGAAAAAUAAUUCAACUUUUGGUUUAAUGCUUUUAUUUUGUUGGCUGUAUUCUAGCUGCGCUAGGACUAAAAAAAUCAUUGAAAAAAUACGUUUUGAGUUUAAUGUGUCUAGAGAUAAAUGUUAUUGAAGAAAUCUUAUAUGACUUCGUCAAUUCGGUUUAUUCAACCUUCCCUUUAAAUAUUAGGCAUUUAAUAAUGUUAACAACACGUUAACGCGCUGGGUGAAAAAUAAAAUUAUGUACAUAUUCAAAUCAAACAAAUUAUUAUUUCAAUAGAAUUUGUACAACAUAUUAGUAUCAAACUUAAAUAAUAUCGAAAAUUGAUUUUUUUUUCUUAAACUACUGUAAAAUAUGUAUCAAUAAAAUAAAUAUUGUAUUUUGUAUCUACAUUCUAUUGAAAUAGAACAAAAUGUUUAGUAAAACUUUCAUAGUGAUAGCCAGACUUUGUUUUCGUUAACACAUCAGUCAAUUUCAUAAUAUAAAAAUAUAUAAUUUAUCAAGGCCAACUUGGUAGGUUGUGCAGCGGCAAAGGGAAAAUGAAUUGUAAUAUAUUAUUAAUAUGUUCGAGGUAAAUCAACUAAAAUUAUUGUGUAUAAGCUUUAGGUAUAUCGUAUUGUAGCAUAAUGUAUAUGAAUAUAGAUUAAAUUAUAGUUGUUAUUAAAAUGGAGGACUUUUAUUAGACAAGGGCCACUGACCAUUAACAAAAAAUGUAAAAAAUAAAUUUUAUAACAACUAACGUUCAUAAAAUUUCCAUUGAUCAUGUAAUAUAUUAUAUUGUAUUUUUAUGACAAAGUAUUCUUUUAUUUUUAAUAACACGACUAAUUAAAGUAACUUGCCAUAUAUAUUUAAGUAUGGAGAAGUUAUUUUCCAUUAGUUUCUAGAAACCUAAUUUUACAUGUAGCAGUUUUGAAUAUUUUCAUCGUAAUUCAUGUCAAAUUAAUUUGAACUCCAGGUAAUGGUGAUAUUGGUAUAAUCACUCUAUUGCUGUUUACACACGACACCGCAGCGACAAUCAACUCCGUUUGUCAAAUGUUGAAACAUACGCAAACAUUUGCAAGAUCGCGGCUCCAAUAUCACGUUUCACUCAUGUAUAUAACCGCGCGUACAAAUAAAACUGCUACUGAAAAAACGGAAUCGCGCAGCUGCUGUUGCGGCGCCGUAUGAAAACAGCAUUAAAUAUAUUGUCUAUGAAUGACAAUGUCGCAUGUUAUAGAAUAAAAACCAAAGAUUAAAAUCGUUUCAC